AAAAAAAAAAAAGGUGGACAAGGACAAGACAGAAAGACAAAGUUUGACCCGGACGCAGGUCCAGAGAGUUGAUCCUCCUUUCUGGUCCCCGUUUGGGUCGGUUCCGGGUUGGUAGUAGUAGUAAUAGUAGUAGUAUGUACGGAGUAUGGGUGAAUGGAUAUGGAUGGAUGGAGAAGGAUAUGGACGGAGACGGAUUGUCUCUUCUUGGUCUGGUCGUUUAGUCAGUCUUGUCUUUAGUGAAUUAAUUAGCGUUAUUAUUACUACUACUACGACUAUGGAGUACAAGUAUAGAGUACCGAUUGAUGUCAGAGGCCGAGCCAGGUUAUGCAAUUAAAAAAAAAAAAAAAAAAAGACCACACUAAAAAGCGAAGGUUAGAGAAAAGAAA